AUGAAGGUAGGUAGCUCGAGAUUGUUAUGAGAGAUGAGUUGAGUUGUGUGCUCUGCUAGCAUAUAGUUAGCCUCCUAUCUCAAAGUUUCCGCAGGGACAGACUGUCUCCAAAAUGCCGAGGCUAGAGGUCAGUGGAAACCGCUACCCGUUUGCAUUUCCAGAGGAGUAUAAACGCGGAGAAGUCUCAUGUUAAUUUGCUUGAUAACAGGGUCGGUGACGGGAAGCCUGGCUAGCUGUUAGCCAGCGUGCUAACAGAGAGCUAGCUGAAUAAUUAAUUGACUAGGUUGUUUAGUUUGGUUUUAGUGAAGUGAAGAGAUAAAAACUGAAAUAUCUACGAGUCCUAACGCAAAUAUAAAGUUAUACCUGCCUGUCCUGUAAUUAUAAUGGCAUAAACAGGUAGUUAAGCUCAGGUUAACUGUACAUGAUAUGUUUGUCUACAGCAGCUUAUUAGCAUCUCUUUGGGGUUUAGUGUAGCUUAAAAGGGCUUUUAAACCUCCGAUAUCUGUUCCUUUACUUAUUACACGACAGCUCUUCUGAUACAAUAUGUACCUAGUCGUGUUUUGGACGUUAUUUACUCGUGGAAGCUGUCGUGAUUACUAAUGGUGAACUGUAGUGCAUUUAUAGUGAAAGGUGUUCCUAAUAUUUUGGCCUCCAUCUUGUUUAUUAAUGAAGUAGACAGAAUAUGAGGAACAGCUCCCAUUAUUAUACACUCUAGUACACCACCAAGGCUCACUACCUCUCUGACAAGUGUAAAGUCAGCCUCACUGAACAUAAAACUAGAGUUAACUACUAUUAGGCCUGCUGACUGUAAUCACAUUAAAUUAAUUUAACAUAGUCCAUAAUUACACAUAUCUUAACCCUGCAAACUGAAUUCAUUUUGUUUCACCAUUACAUGAGCUGCUGUUGUUUUAAUGUUGCUGCUGUCCCGUGACCCUCGUUCUCUACUCUCUCUCCCUCCCUUUCCCUUACUCAUUCUCAAUCUCCUUCCCUCUAUCUUGUUCUCUUUCUCUCCCCCUGCCCUCUUACCACUUCUCUCUUUCUCUCUCUCGGUGGCUGUCUGGCAUGAGUCUGGUCCUGCUCAAGGUUUCUGCCUGUUAAAAGGAAGUUUUUCCUUGCCACUGUCACUCAUGUUAGAUGAGAUUGAUCAAAUCCCAUCUUAGGUUGGGACGACUGUUGUGAAUUGGCACUAUAUAAAUAAAUAUUACCACCUAUCUGAUCAUCUCAACAAAAAAGAACAUAAAGCUUUAAGAGCUGCUGUAUUUUGGGUUGCAUUAGAUUAAUAAUAAUCUAAUGCUAAUAAUAGAUUAAUUAUAAUGUUAUGACCAGUCGUUGUUUUCCACACCUUCAUAAUCUGUCUGGAUGGUAUAUAUUGUCUUUCAGAGUGGGCAUGAAAAGGAUCUGAAGCCAAGCUGUUAAAUGUGUUGACUGGUACUUUCUCGAAAGGGCAUCUGCUAGUACAGGAUGCCAGAAAUGACUGAAACCCAGACACCUGGUCGUAAACCCAAGUAAGGAUUGUUUAUAUGCUGUUUUGUGGUUUCAACCAAAUAUUUACACUUGGCAGGAUAACAUGAGUGAACUUUUGUUUUAUUUUUUUUACAGAAAAAAGAAAAACAAAGAGUCUCACAAUGCAGGUGAACUAAAUUUUGCUUCAAACCUUUUGUUCAAACUCUGUUCUCUAAUGAACAGAGGUGUCACUUCAAGUAUAAGUAAAUAUUCAAUUUCUUUUUGCUUUUGUUUAGUUGAGAGACACAGAAAAGAAAAGAUUAAUGCUGGGAUAAACCGCAUUGGAGACCUCCUGCCCUGUUCCCAGGCACUGAAGCAGGUAAGAGAUGAGCUGCUGUUACUGCUUUGAGGAACACGGAGGUCAAACUAGUGUUUGUUGAGAAUAGCUGUGCCACAUAUAUUAACAUCAGUCCUUUAUAUCAUUGUCAAUAGAGCAAGAACAUGAUCUUGGACCAGGCUUUUCACUACAUCGCUGAACUGAAAAAACAAAAUGAUACAAUGCUUCUAGAAGGAGGUGAUAAAGUUCAAGGUGACUUUUCAUUUUCUCACAAAUAUUCUCAAGUUUAAUAGUAAUUCAAGUAAUGACGGUGUGAUUAUAAAGUUUAUGUAUUUGAAGCCUUGACAAAUGACCACAUACCCUCAUCUGAUUGUGCGUUUCUUUGGUCUUGGCAGCUGAGGAGAUACGGCGGCUGCGACGUCAGUUGGAGGAGCUGAGGAGGGAGAGUGCUCACUACAUUGAGCUUCUCAAAGCCCACGAUAUCAACAUCCUGGAGGACCCCACCAUUCACUGGAAGGGAAAACAGCGCUGCACCAAGGUUGCUAAGGUUACCCCAACGCACCAACUUCCAAAGGGGAUCAUCGUCUAUUCCAACGGCAAUGUGAUGUGCCCAGCAGGGAAGGAGACUAGUCCAGGGAAACAGCCCUCUGAGACAUUAAUCCUUCAGCCAUCUUCAGAGGUCAGCUCCAGUCUGAGGGUUAACGGAGCUGUGCUGCAAGUCAAUACUUCAUCUUCCACCCCUGCACUUGUUCCUGGGUCUACUGUCAAACCCAUUCAGUCUGCACCAGGCCUGAGCGUGAUAGAGCAAUGUGUGGUCGAGACCCCGACUGCUGCACCCACUCUGCCACCCUCUGUGUCUUACAUCACCCUCAAAGUCCCUGCAGCCUCCACAGCCCUGCCCCAAGAAACACAGCCUGCUGCCCCAGCCCAAACCAUCAGUAUAGCAGCCACUUCAGCUUCACAGUUACCCAGAGUAAGCCCUGCUCAGCCUGUUACCACUCUAGCAACUCUCACCCAGACUAUACCGACACUGAAAGCCACAGCCUCUGAAGCUGGCUCUUGGGCCACUCAAGAAACAGCCAUCAGGACUUUAAGUUAUACUGCAAUCCCGAACAGCCAAGCUCUUCUAAGAGCAGGGGCGGCAGGUAGCACACAGACGACAUGGACAACGCUGCAGAUGGCGGGGAACACAGUGCAGCCAGUCUGCCAGAGUGUCCCCACCCAAGAAGUCAUCAACACCAGCCAGGCUGUGCAGCAGGUGACUGUGUGUCCACUGGGCUCCAAACCUUCUGUUCAGCCCAUUCAAAUACAGAUGCAAUCACAUGUGCCUGUACAGCAAGCACCCAUAACAGCUCACAUCCAAGCACAGCCCUUUCAAAGUCCACCUCAGCUACGGCCAGCAAUUCUGAACCACCCGAAGCCUCAACCUGUCAUAGCCCCCCAACCUCAAUGUGCCGUUCUUCCCCAUUCAGCAAUAGUGCCCCAGCCUGCUGUCGUGGCCCAUCCUGCGGUCGUGACACAACCCCAGCCUGCUGUACUUCAGCCAGCAUCAUUGGUUCCCCAUCCUACAACAGCUCUCAUCCCUCAGCCUCAGCCCCUCCCCCAGCAAACACUGGUACCUCAACCACAGGCCACAGUUCUUCCUCUUCUUCAGACCAUGCAGGUGCUACAGGUUAACCCCACUGGGGGGACAGCUUCAGGUGCAACAGCGCCACAAAACACUAACAACCCGAGUGUGGUCAUCCUGCAACAGGCCAGUGCGUGCCCGACCCAGUCAGUUGUAAGAGAUGAAUUAACCAAUCAGACACCCUGUCAGCAUAUUGUCAUUAUUCAGGCACCCAAUCAGGUCACACCUGCCGCCCAUAAUCCUCAGGUUGGCAUGGUACCCAGUGCAGUUCCUCAAAUACCCACAACCAGCAGUACAACAUCGUCUUCAUUACAGGGCAUUGGAGGAAAGCAGCUGGUGCACAUUUUACCACGCCCCGUUCAGCCCCAAAUGAACCAACCGCUUCAGGUCACACAGGCCUCCUCUUCCCCACCUGUACCCUCAACCCCACAGACUAUCACUGUGAACGGUCAGGUAUUCGCGCUGCAGCCCAUGAAGACGUCUGACAAAUCAGCCUCCCAGAGUGGCCAGAGUACACUUCAGCUGGUUCAGCCUACCACCACAGAGGAACCAACUACCAAUGUGGCCCUCAACAGUUUAGGGGCGCUCAGCAGUCUCAAUCAGAGCAUCUCUCAGGGCCUUCCAAUUACCAUCACAACCCAGAACAAUGGUCAACCUCCAGCUGUUCCAUCAUCAGUUGUCCAGCAGAAACAGCCUGCUCCAGCGUCUGUCCCUGGAACUACUCUUGCUCUACCUGUCCGGCAGCUUCAAGUCCCUGGUUCGAACCAAGUAAAAUCAGGGUUGGUGGUUAAAGCCUCUAAGCCUGCAGGAAAAAGGCUUCGCUCAAAUGCGAGCGCAAAGAGUGCAACAGCAAAGAGGACUAAAGCCGCCAAGAAACAAGAGCUCAGUCAGGCCCAGCAUGCAGUUGUAGCCGAGCCAGAGGCUACACCAGGACAAAAUCAGAUGGUUCAGGUUACAGCAUCACAAGUUUUGCAAUCCUCGACUGUGAAGGUUACAGAUAGUCCCUCCACUCGCACCACAGCUGCCAUCAAUACUGUGUGUAGCGAAACUACAGAUAAUGUCACAUCUACACAAAACUCACAGGUAAUGAUUGUGUGUAGUUCCUCUAAUGAGACAAGUACAUUAGGUCAACCCAACCCGCAGGACAAAAGCUCUGUAGGUGAAACUCAGACUGAUGUUCACACAAGUAAGAGUGGCGUGGCACCUGCCGUCACAACUGUUGAUGUCACAUCAGUCAAACCCUCAGUAAGAGAAGCUGUGGUCUCUGAAAGUGAACCAGCUACAGUUUUUAGCAGCAACUCGACUGUAACCAAACUCCCAAUGCCAGAGGUUAAACAGCCAGCCACUAGUUCAGCAGCUAGCGCGAUACAAACGAAGCCAGCUGCCUCGCCUCCUGUUUCAAAACAGACCAGAUCAGUGGUCAGCUCUGCCGCGGACACUCAGAAUACUCCCACCUCUGUUUCUACUGUACGUCUGACUUCUGUUGGCACCAGCAGUGUCCCCACAGCCACACGUGUAUCUUCACAUCAGCCCACCCAGCCUGCGUCAGUAUGCCGUCCCCAAGGAUCUAAUACCCAAACUCCUCUGCCCUGUACUAAACCUGAACCCCAAAAGACGGUUUCUCCUUUGGUUUGCACAACUGUGGCACUAUCAUCGACUUCCACAGCAACCUUUUCUGCUGCCCACAGCUCUGUGACAGCUCCCACAACAAGUUCAGAGUUUAGGAAAAGGAUUAGUACCAGUAGAGCCCCUGCCCAGCAGACUGAUUUACCCAACCCUCCCACCUGUCAGCCCACUGAAGUCAAGCCAGUCCAGCCCCCUCGAAGAGAAAGGGAGGCUCAGGAAGAGAGACAAAACCAAGCUGUCGAGAAAGAAAAUGUGGUGGCAGCAGCUUCAGACCCCCCCUCCCGAAAGGACGUAACCUUAUCACAACAGGUGUACACAAAUCUUGACAAUCAAACUAUAGAGCAUCCAAUAACAUCGAGCAGACAAACGGAUUCGCCGAUGUCAACGGGAGCAGGGGGAGGAAGAGGGUUCUCAGUUGCAUCGAUGCUUCCUCAGGGCCACAGUAUCAGUGCAUCAACCGGCUCGUUCGGGACAUUUACAUUCACAUCUGAGCAGGCAGAGAUGCUGGCUUUGGCCAUGCUUGAACAAGACAGUCCAAGCAGGCGGAGUGGCGACAACACAACCUCAGCCAAUCCUUCCACAGCCUCAUGGGAGCCCCCAAAAACCCCACCAGUGUCCAGCAGUAAAGAGAGAGGCUCAGCUGGACAGCAGCAAAAAGUACCUAAACCCAUGGAGACAGCAAGUGUUAAACCUGCUGCACAGGUAACAGUGAGCGGUCCCAGUGGAAACAGACACCCACAGAACAUCUCGUACUCCCAGUCUCAGCCUCUGUCUCAGGUCCAGUCCCAGAGUGGCACUGUGGCAAGCCUCAGUGUAAACAACUUGAUCCGUCCCAGCUCCAGUCAACAGCCUUACCCAGGUUCUCCCAGUAUGAGCGGCCAGCAAGGCUCGACCCCCUCUCCUGCUGGGCCAUCAGCCCACAUAUCCCAGCCCUCAAACAACACCCUCUCACCCUGCUCAGGUGCAGCUCAGCUAAAUGAGUACACCCCCUUAAAAACAGCACUAAUGAGAGCCCAGGCCGGAGUUGGUGUUGGGGAGCGACAAGUGAAGAUCAUCUCCAAGCGGCAGGCCCAGGAGGAGGUGAUGCUGAACACGGGAAAGCGGCCCAAACCAUGUCCUCCAUCGGCUCCCGCUAUUAGCCACAUGGAUGUGAAAGCAGCAGACCACAGCCAGAUGAUGGGACAGCUGCCGCCAACGUCCUCAGCUAUCAUGACGAGGAUUAAUACAGAGAGCGGAGGCCCACUUUUCUCCACAAACGCCUUCAUGAGCCCAGUGGUUCGACCCACUGAUGGCCACUGUGCGCCACAGGCCCCCCCUGAGCAGAGCCAGCCAGGUGUGCUGCAUCUGCCCCAGGGUCACCCACAGCACGCCUCGACCCAGUCUGGCCAGCACCUGGGAGGAAAUCAUUACAUGAAACAGCAGCAGCAAGACCAUCAGAGACACCAUCUGUAUCAUUUGCAGCACCACCUGACACAGCCAGACCCAGCACAGCGCCACUCGUUACACCAGAGGGCGCUACAGCAGCAGCAGCAAGAGCAGCAGCAUCAACAGCAUGUGCAGAAGAAACGGGGACUUGUCAGAGGAGGCCAAACUGGAUCACCUGCUGGUCUGCAACAGAAGCAGCAUCACCUGGAAAAGUCUGGAGUUCAGCAGCAGCAUGCACAUCAACAACAGUCACAGCAUCAACAGCACACUCAGCAGCAUCAACAACAGCCACACCAACAAUCACAACAGCAUCAGCAGCCGGCGCAACACCAACAGUCUCAUCCUCAGCAGCACCAACAGCAGACACAUCCGCAGCAGACGCAGACGCAUCAACAACACCAACAACAACAACAGCAGCAGCAGCUACAGCAACAGCAGAGCUCCCACUCCAGACACCAACAACACCUGCAGCAGCAGAUCCAGCAGCAGCAGCAGCAGCACUUCAGGCAUCAAGACAAGAGCUGUGAGGCCCAGGCUGCAGGAUCCAGAGGACACCACAGCAGCCACCUGGCCCAGCAGGAGCACCUGAAGGUUGGUGUCACAUGGUAGAAAAUAGUCUGCAGUAUGAUUGGAAACAUACUGCAAUGUUUAUUUGUGUUUCACUGUUUUUUAUUAAUACUUUAUUUUUAUGAUUAUAUUUUUUACAUUAAACAAGCAACAAAAGGAAAAUAACAAAGAAGGUAACAGACAGGGUCGUUACAGGCUUAGAAUGCAAUAACUCACAAAAAUGUUUGUUUCCAAAAUGUAAAUCCAAAGCUGGGCUGUGGGGACACAUAUUUAUAGAGACAGGAUGAGACGAGCACUCUCCGUUCGUUAAAUUUGUAUAAGAUUUCCAGGGUUCCCAAUACCUCUCAAACUUAGCACUGGCACAUCUCAGGGAAAAUGUCAAACACUCCAUAAUAUUAAUCUCCACUAUGAUCUCUGUCUGGUGUUUCACUGGUUUUUGCACGCUAGAAUUUUUGAUUUCCCUGUGGAGCUGACUAAUCAACAUGUAGUCUACAGAAAAGUUUUGAUUUUUCACAUUUCUUCCUUUUAAUAUUCAAAGAACAAAAGUUACCCAAAGUUUUUUUUUCCUUUUCCAGUCUGGUCAGGACCAUAAUGCUAUGCAGAGGAUGAUGAGCUCCAGGACUUUGGAUCAGCAGCUCAUCUCGCCUCCCAGUAAUCCCGUGUCCCGGUCGUCUGAUCUGUCCUGUGCUCCCUCACGGCAGGAACGUCAUCGUGUCUCUAACUACUCUGCCGAGGCGCUCAUUGGUAAGACCUCCACCAGUGGUGAACAGCAGCAGCGCAUGGGUCUCCACCUCCAGCCCGGUCGCAGUGCCACUCAAGAGCAGCCGGACCUGCGAGGCUACCUGGACACAUCACGAGGGAAGACCAGCAUCCCACACAACCAACAGAAUCGACUCCCUCCUGAACACCCAGGGUCCGCUGAUGUCCAGAGGGUCUCUGAGUGUCCUCCGUUCAAAACCAUGGGAGGAGGUGCUCAUCAACUUGGUGGUUUUGAAGCACAGGUGUCUCGUGGGAGUGACAUGACUCCUAAGUCCGUGCCGCCUUCUCAAAGGGGCCCUCAGGGGCAGCAGCAGGGGGGCUUCAGGAUGGGUGUUGGGCCCCCAGCAGAUGCUAGGAGCCGUGGCGGCUACAGUGCAGCUCAUCCUGGCCCACAAGGAGUUCAGGUAGGACCAGCACUGGCCAAUGACCAGGAGGUCUGUCACCAAAGUUUCAUGCAAAGCCUCCUCUCCCCCCACCUGCCUGAGCAGAGCAAUCAUCAGCGGGCGGUGCAGUGCUGCCCCCCAGUCAGUAUGGACUACAGCUGUGUGCCUGGAAGCUCUUCAGGAGACAUUCAGGCGAAGACUUCAAGUCCUAGUGUGCCCCAGACUCAGAAAGCACCAGCUAUGAGGCUUGGAGAGGGUAACAAGGGCCACAUAUCUCAGGUCAGCAGUAAUAUGCACGGGGGUCCAGGUGUGCGAGCAGGUCUACCCCACCCUCCAACUCCACACAGCAGCUCUGAGCCAGGACGCUCCUCUGCCCCCUCCAGACCGCCUCCUGCUGUCAGCCAGCACUCCCGCCACAUCCCCAGGGAUACUCAGCCCACCAAGCUGAGACCUGGAGACCGGCCUCGGUCUGGAGCUCUGAGACAGAGUAACCCCUUCGAACCUGAGGGUCACCUGCCUCUGCCCUCAGGUGGAGGUGUGCUGCUCAGUAGGCCUCAGUCUGGAGGAGAGGCAAGGCGAAGCACUAUUGUUCGCUUUAUGGCAGAUAGUACUCAGGUUCCAAAUGACAACAACUUGGUUCCUGAGCAACACCUGACCCAGAACUUUGGUUUCCCCUUUAUACCUGAAGGAGGGAUGAAUCCCCCUCCUCCCAUCAAUGCGAACUCCACAUUCAUCCCUCCUGUCAGCCAGCCCAACGCCUCCCGUACUCCUUCGCUCCUGCCUGUGGAGCCCCAGAACACUUUACCUUCCUUCUACCCAUCCUACUCACCUGCUGCUCACCCCAGCCUCCCCAGUGAUGUCACCCUCCAAUAUUUCCCCAACCAAAUGUUUACAAGCCCGAGUGCUGACAAGGGCAGCGCCCCACCCCUGAACAACCGCUUUGGCUCCAUCCUCUCCCCACCUCGCCCUGUGGGUUUUGGGCAGGCUAGCUUCCCAUUGCUCCCAGAUAUGCCCCCUAUGCCCAUCGCCAACUCAUCUGGGAUCACACCUCACAUUUCCAACUUCAGCCUCACAUCACUGUUCCCAGAAAUCGCCACCGGCAUGCCCACUGAUGGCUCAGCCAUGCCCAUGUCCCCCCUGCUGUCUCUCUCCAACACUUCCUCCGCCGACUCAGGCAAACAGCCCAACCGUCCAGCCCACAACAUCAGCCACAUACUGGGCCAUGACGGCAGCUCAGCGGUCUAAGGAGAGUCCUGCUGCUAUUUUAAGAACUGGAACUUUUUAGGGGAGAAGUUCAUAUCACUUGUGUUCUCUAAAUUGUCUGAUAAGUUCCUAGGAAGAGGUAAAGCUCAUAAGAACGGUUUCUAAUUUCUAAUAACACCACGUCUGUCUUAAAGUGGUCGUCUUUAUUUAUGUUCCUGCGGUUUCAGUCUCAAAUUCACCCCCCCUUGCACGAUUAUGAUAUCAAAGUUGUUUGAAAUCUUUUGAUUUUAAGUUUAUAGUAAAAUGUGAACCUUUGAAAGCCCUUUUUCUAAGCAACUGUCAGAAUCAAGUUUAUCUCUCAAACUUAAAUUCAAUGAAUCCUUUCAUCUCGCAGAAACCCUCUGCAGUUACCAACCAAUGUAAUUUAUAUUAUGCUAACUUAUAUCAGGUUAAACUGUACAGAAUGUUUUUUUUUUCUUAGAGCUAUUUUGUAAAUACCAAUGUUUCAUAUCAGAAUUGUUAGAUUAUGUAUGUAUUUGUAAAUACAAAAUUGAUUAAUAAAGUUUUUAAGGAGAAAUUUGUAACUGAAGAAUCAUGUGAUUCUUGUACCACUAGAUGGCGCUUCAGUUUUGCAUGGCUUGUUGAAUCCAGUGGUGGGUUAAAAAAGUUCAGAGGAAUUUUUGAGCGUAUUUCCAGUUUUUCACUGUCACAAGUACAAAAAAACAAAAAAAAAACAAAUCACUUGUCAAUUUCAUAAGCUUUUAUUUACAUGCAAUAGUGCUCCAGCAUGUGCAGCCACAGGACGGCCACACCUCUAAGUGAGAGUGUAGAUUCAGGAUCUCCUUCAUUUCGAUUGCAGAUGUCUCUGGCAAAGACUAAUACUUAUGCACCAACCUGUGAGGGAGGAAUAAUACUGACACACCUGUCACAGCGCCCUCACCUGGCAGUCAUUUGGUAACCAGCAAAUGAGUAAACACAGAAGUGGUUGCAGUUUAAAGUUCAGCUUAUCUAUGACUGAGUUUCAGAUAAUUUCCAGAAUCUCUCCCAUUCAGUGAUUUAAAAAAAUAACAUCAAAAAUAAAUAACUAUACAAUAUAUAAUCUCAUGUACACUACUGGACAGAAUGAUUUAUGUUGCAUACACAUGUUAAUAGUUUGUUAAUGAUGAGCAAUGCAUAAUACAUUUGUUAUUGCUAUACAAAAUGACAGGCAGACUUGUAUUUUGAAAAUGUGACAUAGCAACGGAUCUAAACAGCAACCAAGCACCUCAUAAUUACAGCAUCAGACUGUUUGAAUGGUCCCUUUGUUUCUCUUGUACAUAAAGCUAAGUACCUAAGGUCCAAACAGUGAGGAUGGAGGACUUCUGUGAGGAAUGAUGUGAGGAGGGUCUAAACAUGAAGUGCUAAAAGAAAGAGGAAUCCCCUGACUGAUCUUCACAUAAGGAAUAACGUCUCAAACUUAAUUUCCUCCGCAGAACAGAAAUGCAACACGGUGCUCCCUUUCUCUGUGACAGCGUGAAAAUAGAGUCUCUUUCACUAUAAAAAUACCUUAUAUACAGUACAAUCAGACACUUAUGUACAAACGCAUAAAUAUAUAAAUAUCUGUGAUACAAAAAUAAAUAUUUUCUCUUGUUUUUCUUCUGUUUGCGUAACAGUCUUUUAUGCAUCUGUCGUAUUGGCCGUCCCCGUGUUCUCAGGGGAUGUUUCAUUCGGGAGGAUGUUCACUUCCUGUAUUGUUGUGUCUUGGGAUUGUGGUGUUGUAGCUGCUGAAGACGAUGUGGUGAAAAUCCCUUCAUCCUCCAGAGAAAGAAGAGGAAAGGAUGAUAAUUCUGCAAGAGGAAGAAGAAAGAGAUCAAUUGUGGUUCGAUUGAUACUCAAACAUGUCUACACCAGAAGUUUCAAACAGUCAAAAAUAUUAAGGUUUCCCUUCUUUCUACACCUUUCUGUUAUAUGUAUUACAUAUUCCCUGUAAUUAUCCGUUCAUAUUUGCAUUGCAGCGAUAAAAAUCCAUUUAUACUUUGAGUGAUGCAAUCCUCUCCUUUCCCUCCACCACAGAAGCUGCCAACACCUCCCAUCUCUGGUAAACUGGGGUGCUGAUCUGUGGCGUCGAGGAGCUGCAGAGUGGAGUCGUCUGGAGGACAGCAAGUUUGUUCGUUACGGUCCGAGCCACUGAGGGAGUAACAAGAAAAAUAAAAAAGGUUAGUAUAUGGGCCAUGGCUUUCCACAAACAAAUGGAGUAAUCAGCCAGUGGAAAAAAAAACCUAGCCAGCUUUGGGGGGGCGUCCCUGGGCAGUAAAAUUAAAUUCUUGUUCUUGUCUUCAACAAUUUGCUAAGAGCAAUCAAGCACCAAAUUCUAGUUUCCACUGAGUGCCCUUACCUCCCCACUCUCACGAAUACAGAGCCAUGCCGGUGGGGAGCAAACCCAAACAGACCUGCAUCUUUGUCCCGCUCGUAUUAAUAUAAAGCAGAAGGCAAAGCUUCUAAAACCAGCUGAAAAAGCAGGUCUCAGUACAGGAGCACGCUACAACUGAGGACCUCGGGGCUGUUCGACUGUCAGCUGGUGCUCGUGGGAUUCUCAAAAAAAGGCUUUAACGAAUGUUUAAUAUCCUCACACCUCAAGUCUACUUUUGCAGUUCUGCACUAAACACCUACAGUACUCAGCUCUGCAUAAAACCAACACUAGAUAAUGCAUCAUGGCUCAUCAAAUACCAGGCUAACAUGCUGCUUUUGCUCUGCAAGCUUGGCAGUAAAGUUCUGAACUUUUUGGUUUAUUUAUCUAUUAUUUCUGAGAAUAGCUAAAAGCUCCUGCAAGUGACUUU